AAGUCCGACUGAGAGCACCUUAAUCGCUUUAAAGAUCUCAUGGAAGAUGGCUACAAAAUGUGUGAUAAGUUAAAAAAUCUUGAUUUCAAGUACUGUAAACAUGUAGUUGUCACCCUAGCGAAGUGUCAUGCCGCCUCUGUUUCCCUGUACCGUGAGGAGCCAAGCAUUGUCGAAAAUAUGGGGAAAGAAGUUCUAUUUAAUGAAAAUAUGAUGAGUGUUCUGAAACCAGUAUUAGAAUAUUGCGUGAAAACUGUUGCAAGGAUUGCCAAAGAAACUUAUGGACAUGGAGAUCUUGCAGAGUUUCUCCUAAGAAACCUUGAGAAUCUUUGGGAGUCAAUUGUGGACAUUCAUAGAACGAAAGAUGAAGGUUUGAAUGUUUUAAACCAUGGAGAUUUGUGGAUUAAUAACAUGCUCUUCAAGACUAAUGAUUUCGGAGAAAUAUUGGACGUGAAGUUCAUAGACUUUCAAUUCUCAAGAUACAGUUCUCCAGUACUCGAUCUUCUGUUCUUUUUCUGGAGCAGUGCUGAUGAAGUAGUGAGGGCUUACAGAUUACAAGAUCUCUGUAAGGUGUAUCUUCAGACAUUGAACAAUUCUUUGCGGGAUCUCGGCUGCAUGGAGAGAUUGACAUUAGAAGAACUAAAUCAUGGUUUCAAGUCUUCCAGCGAUCUUUUUAUUUUCAUCCUUUGUCAGCUGAUGCCAGCAAUGUUUUCUGACACGGAGGAUGACCAUGAUUUGGGAGAUGUGGAAUUUCGCUCUGAGGAUAAUUCAGUCCCUUGAGUAUAGUGAUUUCUUAGAAGCAAAGUUAAAGGGAAAACAUUACUGGAAACAGUUUCCAACCAUUAUAAGGCAGUUUCAGCAUUGGGUGUUAAACUUGUAGGGAUGUGCAAUUUAGCUUAAAGCAUAUAAUACCAGUAGUCAAUAAAAUGUAUUUGUACUUUUCUCCAGAA